AAGGUCAGACUAAGGAAACCGAAUUCUGAUUAGAAGGCAAAGAAGAGCAUUUCCUCCGGUGAGGACUCCGCCGAUCUCUGCUUGAGAGAGAGAGCCAGAGAGAGACGCCUUGGUCCUCGAUGGCGGCUGGUUCGCUGCUGCGCUCGCUGUGGCGCAGCAGCCGCAGCACAGGGGUAACGGCCGCACUCUCCCCAUCCGCCCCUUCCUGGUGCUUCGGCAGGAGGUUCUCGGCCGCCACCGCCGCUUCGCCCGCGCUCGGGUCGGAGUCCUCUGUCUUGGAUCCCAGCCGGAUAAGAAACGUGGCCGUGAUCGCCCACGUCGAUCACGGGAAGACCACCCUCAUGGACAGACUGCUCCGGCAGUGCGGCGCAGACCUUCCCCACGAGCGCGCCCUUGACUCCAUCAGCCUUGAGCGGGAGCGUGGGAUUACUAUUGCCUCCAAGGUGACUUCAAUAUCAUGGAAUGGAAGUGAGCUGAAUAUGGUUGAUACACCAGGUCAUGCGGACUUUGGUGGCGAAGUUGAGCGGGUAGUUGGCAUGGUUGAAGGAGCAAUAUUAGUUGUAGAUGCUGGUGAAGGUCCACUUGCACAAACAAAAUUUGUCUUGGCAAAAGCUUUGAAAUAUGGACUUCGUCCAAUUCUACUAUUGAACAAAGUAGAUAGGCCUGCAGUAUCUGAAGAGAGAUGUGAUGAGGUAGAGAGUCUAGUGUUUGAUCUUUUUGCAAAUCUUGGUGCCUCAGAGGAGCAGCUGGAUUUCCCAGUUCUUUAUGCAUCAGCAAAAGAGGGAUGGGCUUCGUCCAGCUUUGUUAAAAAUCCACCUGAUGAGGCUAGGAAUAUGUCACCACUCCUGGAUGCGAUCAUAAAAUUUGUCCCACCACCCACUGCAAACCUUGAACAACCGUUUCAGAUGUUGGUUUCCAUGAUGGAGCGUGACUUUUACCUUGGUCGAAUAUUGACUGGUCGAAUCUCUUCUGGAGUUAUACGUGUGGGUGACAAAGUUCAUGGUCUUCGGAAAACAGAUUCUGGGGUUGAGAAAAUUGAGGAAGGCAAGGUUUUGAAACUUAUGAAAAAGAAGGGUACAAACCUAGUGCUGAUCAAUAGUGCAGGAGCUGGUGACAUUAUUUCAUUGGCUGGGUUGACUAGUCCAUCCAUUGGUCACACAGUGUCGAAUGUGGAGGUGAUGACUCCUUUGCCUACUGUCGAGUUGGACCCUCCGACCAUUUCCAUGACAUUUGGUGUCAAUGAUUCUCCGCUUGCUGGCCGUGAUGGGACUCAUUUGACUGGAGGGAAAAUUGGGGAGCGGUUAAUGGCUGAGGCAGAAACUAAUCUUGCCAUAAACGUUCUCCCAGGCAUUUCUUCUGAAACUUAUGAAGUUCAAGGGAGGGGCGAGCUUCAACUUGGUAUCUUGAUCGAGAACAUGAGGCGUGAAGGGUUUGAACUUUCUGUCUCACCACCUAGGGUCAUGUAUAAAACUGAGAAUGGUGAAAAACUUGAGCCACUGGAGGAAGUGACUGUUGAGAUUAAUGAUGAGCAUGUAGGCCUUGUCAUGGAAGGUUUAUCACAUAGAAGGGCUGAAGUCACGGACAUGGGCCCCGUUCCAGGCAAUAUUGGCAGGACAAAAAUGACUUUGACUUGCCCCUCAAGGGGCCUGGUUGGGUACAGAAGUGUCUUUAGUACUGACACACAUGGCACUGGAUUUAUGCAUCGCGCUUUCCAGAUGUACUCCAAAUAUAGGGGAGCUCUCGGAAAUGUCAGAAAAGGAGUGUUGGUAUCUGUGGGCAAUGGAUCUAUUACAGCACAUGCACUCAUGAGUUUAGAGGCUCGGGGAACUCUCUUUGUGAUGCCUGGCAUGGAGACUUACGAAGGGAUGAUUGUUGGUGAGCACUCACGGGAUACUGAUCUUGAUAUUAAUCCUGUAAGAGCAAAGGAGUUAACUAACAUUCGAUCUGCUGGCAAAGAUGAAAAUGUGCGGUUAACCCCUCCUCGCCUGAUGACUCUUGAAGAAGCUAUCGGGUAUGUUGCAGCCGAUGAACUCAUCGAGGUUACACCAAAAGCAAUUCGCAUGAGGAAGAGAUAUCUUGAUGCUAACAAGAGAAAAGCAAUGCGAAAUAAGCCCAAAGAUUAGAAACAUCCGCAAAUUCUAAAACCCACUUUUGCUUGUACUACAAGGCAAUUGAAGCUAGGUUUUCAUUAUUGUAACGUUUCUAUUGCUUCUAAGCAAGUUCCGGGAAAUCUUGCGGGAAUAAUACAGUCAAGCGAAAGGCAUCCAUUUUUUUUUGUAAUUAUAGAAAUAGAUGAGAGGUAAGGAGAAGUUGUAAGUUAAAGCGGCAGCAUUCUAUUUAUCCUAGUUUGCCAUGAGCACACGUUUGGUGCUUGACUGAGCUGCGGUGUCAUGCAAAUUUCACAAUGAUAUUAGUGGCAAUAAUGCAUUUGCUGGAUAAAAAGAGGGCUUCUAUUCUA